AUGCAAAAAAUAAUUGAUAGAAAGACGCCUGAAAUUGUUAGGACUUCCAAAAAGCGUUUUACAAUAUCAAAAGAAAUUGCAAAUAGAAAAGCAGGUAUCUAGAACUUAUAUUAAGAAGAUGGUAAAAAUCGAAUGCUGGGGAGCAAACAUUCAGUUUCAUCUAUAAAAAGUAAAAAAAAAGUGAAUGUUUCAAUCAAUAAUGAUUUAUAGUAAAGCUCAUCAUCUUUUUUAAGUGAUUCAGAAUAAAAUAGAAGAUCAUCAAAUUAAUCCAUUAUAUUGAAAGAUAAUUUGGGAAUUUUAUAAUAGGCUUAGUCUUCUUUUUAUUAAGUUCAAGAUAAACUUAUUAUACCGAAUAUGUCUUUUGAAUAAGAUUUUAUUAAUCCUUUAGAUAUGUCAGAUGGAAUCGAUAGAUCAAUUUUAAAAAUUCAAUUUAUGGAUUUUGAACAUUAAUGGGGAAUUAAAUAGGAUAUUAACAUUUAAAAGCAAAGUAAUGGAGAUUCAUAGCUGAUUUCAUAAAAUAGUGAGUUAAUAUCAUAGAAAUCUUUAAAGCGAUCAUAAGGAAGCCAAAAAAAUGUAUUUUAAUCAAAGUUGUAAAUUAAUAAUACAAAAAAAAAUUAAUAAAAUCUUUCAGAAAGUGAAGAUGAUGAUUACUCUGAUAAUUAAUAAGAGGAAAGUAAAAUUAAAAAGAAAUUUGAAAAAUUAUAUGAAAGAAAUCCAUUUGAAGAUCCAUAUUAUGUUAAAUUAAUUGAUUUACAUGGAUUUGAAAGACUUAAAUAUGAGCUAAAUGUAAUUUUAACAAAUUAAUUAGGCAUAUAAUGAUGACAAAUAGUUUUUAAAAUUAAGAAAACGACUUGUAUUUUAUUCUUUAUUUAUUCCAAUAUUAUGUAAGAAAAUAGUUUAAAGUGUUUUUUUUAAGAUUUGUAUGUCAUUUUUGAUUCUAUUUAAUGUGACUUUAUAUAUUUAUUCAUAAACAAAGUAAGAUUCAUUAUCAACUAAAAAUAUGGAGAAAGGGAUAAUGAUAUGUUUUUUAAUAGAAUUGUGUUUAAGAAUAAUAGCAUCAGGAAUAAUAAUACCAAAAGGAGCAUUUUUUAAAAACUUUUAAGACAUAAUGGAUUGCAUAUUAGUAAUUGUAUAUGUUUUAAAUUUGACAUAUCCAGAAACAUUUAUAGUAGAUGUAUCACCAUUAAGAGUGAUAACAUUAUUAUUAUAUUUGGGAGAUAUAUUUUCUGGAUUAGGAGUGAUGUUAAAAGCAUUAAAAUAGUCAUUCAGAUUUUUACUAGAAGCAUUAAUGAUUGUUGGUCUCUUUUCAGUAUUUUUUGCAAUUUGUGGAGUUUUUUUAUUUUAAGGUUUGUUUAACUAUAGAUGUUAAUAUGAUAAUGGAGAUGAAACAGAUGGAUGGAUUUAAUGUAAUUAAAACUCUUGUUUUGAAGAAGGUAUGUCAUGUUAAUAUUCUUAAUUCACUCCUAAACUUCCUACUUCAUUUAAUAAUGUUAUAUAUUCUUACGGUUAAGUUUUAAGAACUAUAACAAUGGAUGAUUGGAGUUGGGUUAUGUUUUUUACUAUGAGAAUAUAUCAUCCUUGGACUUGGCUUUAUUAUUUAUUAAUUAUAUUUGUUUGUGGAUUUUUUGGAUUUAAUUUAGUUAUUGCUGUUAUUAAAAUUCAUUAUGCAGAAGCCACGGAGGAGAACAAUUAAGAAGAGGAAAGAAAAAAAAUUGAAUAAAAAAUUAAAGAAAAUAGAGAAAUACCUGAAAGGGAUAUUGUUAAUGUUUUUGAUGUUGCAUUUUUACGUUAUAGAGAUUUCUUUCCAGUAAUUUAAAGAUAUAGAUAAUCUUUAAGAACUACUUAUCGAAAUAUUCGAUUAGAAGAUAUCAAUAAUGAUAAAGUUUCAAAUAAUAAGACAAGAAUUUUAUCUGCAAAAUAAAAAAAAAAUGAAGAAUAAACAGAAGAUGUAAAAUAAUAUUAUUAUAAUAGAUUAAUUGGAUUAGAAGAGUAUGGAUUUCUAUUUAGAAUUUUACUAUUAAAAAUAUAUUGUUACCUAAAUUUUUGAUUUUGUCAGAAAAAUAGAAAAGAAUUCAUAUUAAAAAAUAUACUGAAGAUGAAAUUGAAUUAUAGAUUUUGGAAAGACUUAAAUCUUAUUAAUUCUCUUAAUUACAGUCUUGUGUUAAUUAACAAAUAUAAUAGACAUUUGAAAGUGAAGCAGAUGUUUUACCUACUUUAAAGUAUUAGAUAUGCUCAUUAUUAGUUUACCAGAUUGUGAGAAAAAAGAAUUAGAAAAAGAAAUUUUAAAUAUGAGAUACCUAAAAAUUCCUAUUUUGUAUCCAGAUAUUAAAUAAAAAAAAAUUUAAUAGGUUUUCCAAGAUCAUAAACAAAUUUGUAAAUUUCCCGUUAGAAAAGUAAAAAGAAUUAUUCUAAAUUUCACAGAGAAUAAUGAAAAUGAAACAAACAAUUCCAUAGAGUAAAGAAUGUCAAGUCAAAAAUUAAGUAUAAAACAUUCUUCUAAAUAAAAAACAUCUUAAAUUGAUCAGCAUGUUCCUUUUUUAAUUAAAAGACAGAAUCAAUAUUAUGUUUAUAUAUAAGGAUAUUAUUUAAAUUAUGAAGGGGUUUCAUUAAAAAUAAAUGCUAAAAUAUAAAGAAAUAAAAUUAAUUAACCAUCUAAUGAAUUUUAAUAUAGAUUAUUAAGAAAGAAAGACCUACAAUAAGGUUUAAUAUCAAAGAAAACUUGGUCAGGAAAUGAUAUCCUGAAAUUAAAUGAAAAAAGAUUAUAUAAUUUUAGAGAUUCAUUAAAAAGAUUAAAUGUAAUAGAUAUAUAAAUUUGGAUGUUGGGUAUAUAUGGAAAGAUUGAUACAAUAAAGAAAUAUUCAUAUUUACUCAUUACAGCAUAAAUUUGUUAAUUAUUUUUUGAUUGUGUAAUAUUGAUAAAUUUUACUUUUCUCUCUUUGUAAGGAAUUGCUGAUUCAUUAACAAUUGCAAAUGUAGAGGAUGUUUCAACAAUAUUUUUAUGUACAGAAUUAAUAUUGAGAUUUUUUGCAUUCUCUUGGAAAGAUUUUACAAAUAGUCCAGAUUAUGUAUUAUAAUCAUGUAUAGUGAUAUUGAAUUUUAUAGAACUUACAAUGAGUUCAUUAAUGACAGAUUUAAAUGAGCAGAAUUUGCGUUUAAUAAGAGGAACUAAAUGUUUAUUAUUUUAUAGAGUAUUAAAAUAUAAUAAAAUGGCAGUAGCAAUAGGACAUAUAGCAUAGAGAACAUUCAAAUAAUACAUAUAUUUGACCUUUUUAAUGUUUUUGGUAAUAUUCAUAUAUGCAAUGAUUGGAAUGGAAAUGUAUGCAGGCAUUUUUGAUUAAACAGAUGCUCUUGGAUAAUUGCAUUCAUAUGAUAAUAUAUUAAAAGCAUUUAUGACUAUAUUCAAUAUAAUGACUAAUGAUGAUUGGUAUGGAGUAUAUGUGAUGGGUGGAAAUAUAAACUAUGUAUUUGCUGUAAUAUAUUCAUAUUCCAUGGUGAUUGUUUUGAAUUAUAUAACAUAUGGAUUAGUAUUGGCAAUUCUAUUGGAUGGAUUUGGAGCUAUAGAUAAGGAAAUGAUGGAAUAGGAAGAUUCUAUUGAAAAAGAAGAAGAUAAAAUUAAUGAAUAGUAAGAAGAGGAAAUUUCAUAAAUUACUGAAGAAUAAGAAAUUUAAGAAUUUUAAUUAAAUUUAAAACCGUUAAUAUCAUAAGCACGUUUGAGUGAUAAUCAAAUCAAGAAACCAAAAUAAACACCAAUCACUAAUUUAAUGAAAUCAAUAAGUAUUUUUUAAUUAAUAUAUAAUUAGAGUAAGUACAUAAGGAGAUUUUAAGUUAAUAUCCAUAAUUAUAUGAAGGUAUUUAAUGUUAAUAAUCCUUAUAUAUAUUCUCGAAAGAAAAUUAUGUAAGAAUACUAUGUUGUAAAGUAGUGAUAUCUAAAUUUUUUAAUUACUUUAUGGAUGUAGUUUUAUAUUUUUCAAUAAUUGUUUUUGCUUUGAAAACAUAUAAUGAUUAUGAAUAAGAUUCUGAAAAUUAUCCAGAGAGUUUGUAAUUCUUGGCAAAUAUUGUUUUUUUAUUUGAAAUAGUAAUAGGUAGUAUAGCAAAAGGAAUGUGGAUGAAUAAAGGAUCCUAUAUCACAUAUACAUGGUAGAUAAUAGAUGUAAUCUACAUCGUAUCAUUUUUCUUUGAUUUUUUAUAAAAUGAUAUAGAGAAGCCAAUAGUAAAAUUUUUCUUAUAUUUUGGUUACUUUAGAGUGAUGAAAUUAAUGUAUAGAUUAUCUUGGCUAGAUAAAUUAAGAUUAGCUUUAGGUAGAUCAUUGGCAGAUAUUUGGAAUGUUUUAAUAACAAUGUUAUCAGUAUGGAUAAUAUUUGGAGUUUAUGGUAUAAUUUUAUAUGAAUAAUAAUUUGGAUAUUGUGAAGAUAAAGUUUAAUUCAAUGUAAAUAAGAGAGAAUGUUUAGAAUAGAAUAGAACUUGGGUCAAUUAUAAACAUAACUUUGAUAAUAUUACUAUUGCAAUUCCUACUCUUUUUGUUGUAUCUACUUUUGAUGGAUGGGGUGAAAUAUUAUAAAUAGCAGAAAAUAGUUAGAAUUCAGAUUUUGGACCUAUUGCAUUUAAUAGUUAUAUACCUACAUACUUCUUUUUUAUUGUAUUUUGUUUUAUUGGAUCAAUGUUUUUUUUAAGUUUAUUUACAGGGGUUUUAUUUUCAAAUUUAAAAGCUAAUCAAAGUAAAAUUGAAAGAUCAGAUGUUACUAAAGCAUAGGUUGAAUUUAUGGAAAUUUCAUAAAUUAUUAUAAGAGAUUUUCCUAUCUAUUCAUCACCUCCUACUUCAGUAAUAAGGAAAUUUGCUUCUGAUUUUACAAACAAUACUACGAAUUAAAAAAUAAUGUUUUGUUUUCUUUUAUUAGAUUUAGUUGUUCUAUUGUUAUUUUUCUCUGAGAUGGAUGAAACCUAUUUUAAAACUUUAAAUAAUACUCAUAAUACUUUAAUGUAUUUGUAUAUAAUAUGGAAUGUAUUUCUUUUUUUAGCUUUAGGAGUUAAUCGUUACUUUGAUAAUCAUUGGAGAAGAUUUUAUUUUUUUUUAAUAACAAUUGCAAUAAUUGAUAUAAUUGCAGAUUAUUAAUCAGAUUGGGCUUUGUAUUAUUUUAAUUCUUCUCCUGCAGAUGAAGGAUAUUAAUUUUUAAGAAUUUUCUUUGCUCUUCGAUGUUUGAGAAUAAUCUUAAUAUUUUAAGGAUUAAUAAAUCUUUAAAGAUUAAUGAGAGUUAUGGUAUUUGCAAUGCCUUUUUUAGGUAAGAUAUUUUGUAUACUCAUUAUAACAAUGUUCAUUUUUGCCCUUUUUGGUUGUUAAAUGUAUGGACAUUUGGAAAAAGGUUAAGUAAUGGAUGAUUAAAUAAAUUUUAAAAAUAUAGCAUAAGCUAUGUUAGCAUUAUUUAAAUGUGCAUCAGGAGAUGAUUGGAGAACCAUUAUGACUGAUACUAUAUUUUAUAAUCCUUAUUGUGCAGAAGAUGAAUAAUAUUGUGGUAGCAUAUAUAAUCAAAUCUAUUUUUUCCUAUUUAUGUUGCUAUCUAAUUAUGUACUCUUGAAUUUAUUUGUUUUGGGUUUAGUGGAGUAAUUUGAACAAUUCUUUAUGUUAUAAAAUUCUAUGAUUUAAACCUAUGUUGAAAAUGUUGAUAAAAUUAAAACUAUUUGGUGUAAAUACUCAUCUGAAACUCAGGGAUAAGCUAUGCAUUAUAAAUUUCUAUGUCGAUUUCUAUUAGAUAUUGGAAAACCUUUAGGUGGUGGAAAUGAUGAAAAUCUAUGGGAUGUUGGCAAAUUAGCAUCUUCAUUUAAAAUAUAAUGGUAUCUUUAUUUUUAAUAUAUUUAGUGACCAUUAUGGAUAUAUACAAUACAAUUAAUUAAUGUAUGAAUUAUUUCGUGUUUGUUACCAUGAAGAAGUCUUUAAAAUAGGACCUUUGUCUUCUAUCAAAAAAAUCAAAUAAUUCAAUAAAGAAAUGCAAUUAAGAUUAAUGUAUUAUAGAAGAAAUCGCUACUUAUAAAGAAGCAAUAUCUCACCUAUUUUACAUCUUAAAGCUAACUUUAACAUUUUACAUGAUUAUUUAACUGUUCUCAUUCUUUAUAAGGCUUGGGAAGCUUACUCUAAAAAACUCAUUAGAAAAGUAUGUAUCAAUUAACAACAUUUCACAGAAGCAGAUCUUGAUUAACAAGAUUCUUCAGAAGAUCAAAAACCUACUAAUAAUUAGUAUAUUUUUUAUUCUAUUAUAUUAGUCUAGAUUAAGAUUGUAAUGAAUUUCUCAAUGAGGAAAGAGAAUAACAAAUUGUAUCUAAUGACAAUCCUAAACAAGAAAUUAAAAAACAUUAAAUCACUAAUUCUUCGGAAGAAAUUUAAUCUGAAAAUAUUCCUACUUAUAGAUGGUAAAAAGAUUUAGAAGUUGAUUAAGUUUUUGAAAGUGCCAUUUUAUCCCCAAAUCAAUCCUAUAGAAAAAUGAAAUUAUGA